CAACUGCGUCCUUCGGUGGGGGCGUGGCCGUGAGGCUGAGUUCUCUCAAGUGCGGAAGGCCGCGCCCCUCACGGAGCUGCGUCACUUCCGGCGUGUGUGUCCGGCGUCCGCUAGGCGUGGAAUGGCGGCUCUGAGGACCUGGGUGUCGCGCAGUGUCACUUCUCUGUUCAGGCUCAGACAGUGCGUCCCCGUUCCGGCCAACUCCAGGAAGCGCUGUCUGUGGGAACUGCUGAGACCAUGGCACAGAGCGGCAGUGGCUGGAUUCGGCGUGGCCCUGUGCGCGGUUCCCAUCGCUCAGAAAUCGGAGCCCCAUUCUCUUAGUAAUGAAGCCUUAAUGAGAAGAGCUGUGUCUUUGGUAACGGAUAGCACCUCUACCUUUCUCUCUCAGACCACCUACGCACUGAUUGAAGCCAUCACUGAAUACACUAAGGCUGUUUAUACAUUAGUUUCUCUGUACCGACAAUACACAAAUCUGCUUGGGAAGAUGAACUCCCAGGAAGAAGAUGAGGUGUGGCAGGUGAUCAUAGGAGCCCGAGUGGAGAUGACUUCCAAACAGCAAGAAUACUUGAAGUUGGAAACCACCUGGAUGACUGCAGUUAGCCUUUCAGAAAUGGCAGCAGAAGCUGCGUACCAAACUGGAGCCGACCAGGCCUCGAUCACCGCCAGGAACCACGUGCAGCUGGUGAAGUCGCAGGUGCAGGAAGUGCGCCAGCUCUGCCAGAAGGCGGAGGCCAAGCUCGCCGAGGCGCAGACGCAGGAGCUGCGCCAGAGAGCGCAGGCGGGCGCGGACGAGCCGGCUGAGCAGGAGCAGGCGCAGGAGGCCUACCUGCGGGAGGACUGAGGCCGCCAAGGGAGCACGGAGAGCGCACGGCCUGGCCCCACAGCCCACAUGGGAGCUGGGCACCUUCACACCCAAGCCUCUUUGCCUGCCGAGGGGCCUUCCAGGGGUGCCCCUGCCACCCACAAUCAGCAGCUGUUCAGCCUUAGUUUUCAGCCUUCUCCAGACGCUGAGGUGCCACUCUGCAGACUCGGGGGUCCCCUGCGAGGCUGCAGUCAGCGGGCUGGGAGCCCUGUGGUCACACCCUGCGUGGGCAGGGGAGAACCGCAUCCACCCAGGGCUUCCGCGGGCCUCGCUGACACCGUGUCGCCUGCCUGGCCCGCUGUCCCUGUCGUGACCGGGGUGUCUGUUGUAUCCUGAAGAAUUUUUUUUUUUGCAUUUAAAAUGAAUGUAUGUAUGUCUUUGGA